AUGAACUUUCCCUAUAUCAGCCACUAUUCGACAUCCGCAGGAGCAAGUUCGACCCUCCCUCGCCCUUCAUACGACCCAGCUCUUGAGACCAUAAGGAGACACUUCUCCUCGGACAGCUCUCCAUCCGUCGAGUCCAUCCGUAUCGGCUUUAACGAUUUUGACAUCGACGCAAUCCUUGCCCAGUAUGACCACCUCGAGCACAAAGAAUACACGAUCACCAGCCAGGAACAAAACGUCAGCCAUGAGAUUCUGCUCUCCGUUUUCAAAAACAAAGGCUCUACAAGCAACACCCGCCCCGCCAUCUACCAUAUCCACGGCGGUGGCCAGAUAUCCGGGACAAGGCUUUCAGGCAUCGGAUCGGUCUUCCCCUGGUAUCGUGGCAUCGAUGCAGUCCAUAUCACGGUCGAGUACCGACUGGCCCCCGAACAUCCUGCCCCCGCAGCUUUUAGCGACUGCUACACGGGUCUUGUGUGGGUUGCCGACAACGCAGAGGAGCUAGGGAUCGAUUCAAAGAAAAUCCUAAUCCAGGGUUUAUCCGGUGGCGGGCCCCUCGCCGCAGCGUGUGCAAUUAAGGCCCGAAAUAAACGUUAUCCCGAGCUCUGCGCACAGUUGCUCUGCGCUCCAAUGCUAGAUUGUAGUGGGAAGUCGGUAUCUGAGCAACAAUAUGAGGACGGUGCGGUGUGGAGCGGGAAAACGAAUAAGAUGGCCUGGGACUGUGUCUUGGGGCGUGAUGAUGGCUCAAAUAUUGAAAGCAAACCUAGCGCUGGUCCCGUUAAUGAGUUGGUUUCUCCGCUGCUUGCCACGGACAUGGUUGGUGUCGCACAGGCGUUUAUCGAUGUGGGUGAAGCGGAGGUAUUCCGGGACGGCGCUGUUGAGUAUGCCUCAAUGCUGUGGAAGAACGGUGUCUCGGCUGAGCUGCAUGUGUGGCCUGGCGCCUGGCAUGGUUUUUACUUGCUUGCACCCGAUGUGCCGGUAUCUAGGGCCGCUAUAGAGGCGAAGAAGAGUUGGAUCAGGCGGGUGCUUGACUGUGCAUAA